AUGCAGCGAAUAUUACGCAUAAACCUCCAAGCCCGCAAUCAAACACUCAAAGCUUCUCGGCGGAAAAAUUACGAAAAACUCCGAGAUGACUGGAAAGAGUACGAGGCUCGUCUGAUCCAGACGGAGAAAGUAAAAAAUGGGCACAUCAAAGCUGAGCGCAGAGCCCGGCGGGAGGAUUGGAUCAUGGGCCCGCUAGCACCGAAACGCGACGUUGGCACAAAGCAAGAUUUCUAUGGCACUGUGAGCAACCUACUCUACCAAGGGCCAGUCUUUCCCACCAAGGUCAGGCAUGGACCAAGGAGUAAUGGGUGGGACCCUGUCGGAGGCGAAGGAUCAGAGGAGGAACAGAAAGAGUGGGAGGGGUUCGGAAACGAAGGGAAUAUUGUGGAGGGAGACCGAGUCUGCAUUGUCAAGGGGAAAGAGGGAUUGAUCGGACAAAUUGGCAAGGUCAAGGAUGUCAGCAGCGAUUCGAAGGAGCUGAGAAUCGAAGGUCUCAACAUGGCCGAUGUUGAGAUACCCGAGAGCUUCGGCGAACAGCGCGACAAAAUACACUUCUCCUCCCUCGAGUUGCCGGUGUCCAUCUCCGACGUACGACUUGUGUACCGCCUCACCGAUCCUGCUACUGGACGCGACAGAGAUGUCAUCGUAAAGCACAUCCGUGGCGGUCCACCUUACUUCCAACGCGAGCCUAACUCGCCUCUGCCUCGACAUACACGGUACGUCGCAGGUGAAGAUAUUCAGAUCCCCUGGCCGGAAGUCGAAGCUCCCAAAUACCAAGCCUUUGAAGGAGAUACUACACGCUAUGAUGUCGAGUCACAAACCUGGACGCCCACAAUAUACCAACCUCCUAUUCCCUCUCCAGAGAUAUUUGACGACCUGACAGCAGAGGACAAGUACCGGCGAGAUAGGGCAUGGCACGAAGAUGAGUAUGUGAGAAUGAAGAUCUUGGAGGACGCUCGUGCAGAGUGGUUCAAGGAGCGGAAGAUUCAAGGUCCCCUAGCGAAGUUGGCCGAGGAGAAACUCAAGACGGUAGCACAGAGGGCUGAAGCGAUCAAGCAAGCCGGAAUGAGCGAAGAGACGAGGAAGCUCUUGUUGGAGGAGAUGAAGGCAGCAAGGGAAAGAAGGAGACGGAGAAUGGCGGAGUGA